AUGGCUCCGAACGUCUCCGCCCUGGUCGGCUCUGCCCUCUACCACAGCGGGGGAGGCAAUGGUGGUCGCGGUGGUGAUCACCACAAAGGAGGUGGAUCUCAGUUUGGCGGCGGUGGUCCAAAUGGACGAAACAACUCUGGCUACAGCUCUCCGGGCGGAAAUAUGCGUGGGCUCGGAGGUGGUGGUGGCAGUGGCAGUGGCGGCAAAGGUAGCGGCGGUCAGUCGCCCUACUCGAAUCGCCAUUCUCAGCCUUAUCAGAAUUCUCGAAUGCCAUCAAACAACAGCAGCAGCAACAAUAACACGUCUUCCGUCUCGCCGCCGAUGGUUUCAAUUGGUGGUAAUGGUGCUUCCGGUGGUGGUGCUGGCGGCAGUGGUCAAAGCCCCAACGCCUCCGUCUCCAAUGGCUCCAGUGGCGGCAGUGGUAAUGGAGGUGGAGGAAUGGUGAUGGGCGGCGGCAUGGCCACCAACGGCAAUGGCAGCCUCACCCCGGAGGGCAAGUCGUCCCUUCUCUCGGACCACACUGACCGGUCGCUGGGAGGUGGUGGUGGUGGUGAUCGGGGUGGUGAUAUGAUGGGCGGUGGUGGUGGUCACGGAAUGGGCCACCACGGCGGACAUCACCACCACCACCACCACCACGGAGGGCACCGGCCGCCGGCGAUCAGCAAAACCAAUCUGUACAUUCGCGGCCUCACCCCGAACACCACCGACAAGGACUUGCACUCGCUCUGUUCUCCAUACGGAAACAUCAUCUCAACAAAGGCGAUCCUCGACAAGGAGACCAACAAGUGCAGAGGCUACGGCUUCGUCGACUUUGAGUCGCCCAACGCGGCGGAGCUGGCGGUGAAGAGCCUGAUUGGCCAGGGCGUCCAGGCGCAGAUGGCGAAGUGCAGCGAGGCCAGUCGCCACAAGUUUUCGUUGUCCAAGGGAGGCGGCGGCGGUGGCCUGGGCGGCGGUGGAGGCGGCUUGGGUGGAAAUGGAGGCGGCCUCGGCGGCGGAUCGAUUAAUGAACACGACCCCACCAAUCUCUACAUUGCCAAUCUGCCCAUUCACAUGACUGAACAGGACCUGGAGACGAUGCUCACCAUGUACGGGGCGGUGGUCUCCACGCGCAUCCUCAAGGACCCCAACGGGGCGCCGCGGGGCGUCGGCUUUGCUCGCAUGGAGAGCAAGGAAAAGUGCGACGCCAUCAUCAGCUUGCUGAACGGGAAGAUGCUGCCCGGCUGCAAGGACCACCUGCUGGUGAAGUUUGCCGACGGCGGCAACAAGAAGAAGCACUACAAGCAUAACGGAGACCGAGGAGGAUACCGAAAUGACGUUGAUCUGCAGAUGAACUUUGACUCGACCAAUCUGGCGACGAACGGCGUGCCCACGCAGCUGCUGCCCUCGCCGCUGGCCGCCUCUGCCGCGGCCUACCAGCGGGCGGCCGCCUAUUCGGUGGGCGCCGGCGGGGGCGGUCACCCGUACGGCCACCAGAACGCCCUGCAGGCGAAUCCGUGGCUGGCGGUGAAUCAGGCGCCGCCACCGCCGCACGGCUACCACAUGCUGCCGCCGCAGAUGAUGCCCUCGAAUAUGGAUCCGAAUGCAGCGGCCGCCGCCGCUCUGCAGUAUUCACCGCUGAUGCACCAGCUCACCGCACAAAUGUCACACCUUCAGCUCGGGGGCGUGUCCGGUGCAGGG